AAACGGUACUGCACGUCAGACAGGGAUGGGCAGAGAAGCGCUGCUCCGUUCUCCGAGAAGAACAGACGGAUGUAAUUUAUGAAAUAAAUACACUGGGAUUUACAGGAAUGACCUAAGGAUCGGAGAAAAGAGGAGGAUUGGUCAAGUCAAGAUGAGUUUGACAUCCUGGUUCUUAGUGAGUGGCGGGGGAACAAGGCACCGCCUUCCCCGGGAAAUGAUCUUCGUGGGACGGGAUGACUGUGAGCUGAUGCUACAGUCUCGCAGUGUAGACAAACAGCACGCCGUCAUUAAUUAUGAAGUAUCGACAGAUGAACAUAAAGUUAAAGACCUGGGCAGUCUGAACGGGACAUUUGUGAAUGAUGUUCGUAUACUGGAACAGCAGUAUAUAACUUUGAAAAUGGGUGACAAGCUGAGGUUUGGCUAUGAUACCAACCUAUUUACAGUGGUGCGUGGAGAGCUACAUGUUCCAGAGGAGGCACUGAAGCACGAAAAGUUCACCAGUCAGCUUCAGCUGAUGCAGAAGCUUGAGCAUUCACGAGAAGCCACCAAGAGCCCGGAAUUUAAAGGAGCAGAGGAAGGAAAAGAAACCAAACCUUCUGAACCACCCCUGAAUGCAGAAGAGAAACUGCCAACAGCAGACAUAGCCGUGCUCCAAAGAGGAACACCUUUGUAUGGACAGCCAUCUUGGUGGGGUGAUGGUGAUGCAGAUGAUGAGAACUCUGUAAAGCAGGGCACAAGGGUUCCUGACCAAAAACAAGCCAAGUGUGAAGCAGGCCGUAAGGACAAUGCAUCAAAGCAGCAGAUGGUUCCGGGAAACCCACCUCAGAUUUUGGGAACCCAAGAGCCAAGCUACUUUGAGAUCCCCAGUAAGGAGACUCCACCAGUGGAUUGUGGCACUGAAGAAAACCUACUUAGCAACACAGAGGCAACGGCAUCAGCUUCCGCAAUUCCACCAUCAGAGGGCGGAGCACAUGGACACGCCUCCUUCACUAUCGAGUUUGACAUGGGCACUUCAGGGAAAGGUAAAGACAAGGCUGCGAAGGGUUUCCUGGACAAUCGACAGCUGCCGAAAAGAGGGGCUGGGGAGGAGCUGUGUGCCUUGCAGGCCGCCAUGGUGGCAGCGGAGGUGAAGGUGGCCGACUGGCUGGCGCAGAACGAGCUGCCACUGGCCCGCUCCGAAUCCGUAGCGGAGGAUGACGGAGACAGCGCGAAAAGUGAUGUGCCGGUUCAGCUGAAAAGCCUUAGAGGCAGUAAGCAUGAAGAUGGCACUCAGAGCGACUCAGAGAACGCUUUGGGAGAACAGUUCAGCAGCCGAAGGGCGUUCCUGCAGGAGAGGUACAGAGGAAGGCAGGGUGUGCCGUGGACAGAAGGGCUUUUCUGUAGGAGGGAAGAUCUCUUCCAGCACAAACCAUCAUCUGAAACUAAAAAUAUGGCACCGGUAGGGGGUGAGGCUGGCAUAAAAGCAAACAGUUCAUCGCCGAAGAAAACCAAAAUGGCCAGAGAGCAAAGCUCAGGGUCUCAGGAAACUUCUAACAGAGGACAGACAGAUGACCAAAGCGACAGAGGGACCUACACCAUUGAGCUUGAAAAUGGCAAUGCAGAAGAGGAAGAGGCCAGAAGAAUGAUUGAUAAGGUGUUUGGGGUGGAGGAUAAUCAAGCCCUGACACAACUGCGUUUCCCAAAGCAUCAGCGAGAAAGAGGCACCAUCUGUCCAAGAUCUGGAGCCAUGGAAACAACACAAGCUGGUUAUGGUGGUGCAGAGGUGUUACCAGAUGACUUGGUUGUAGUUGGCGGCCCAAGGUGGAUCUCACAGUGGGCUAGUCUAGCUGCAAGUCAUAUAAGGACAGAUCCCGAAGGAUCCGGGUCAGAACCUGUUACUUACGCAGAUGACACAUCAGGACACUCAGAACGUAAACGUAGGACCCUUCCACAGCUUCCUUCUGAAGACUCUGUGGGUCCAGUGGCACCUGAGGGCUCGAGGAGCCAAUUCAGGCAUACGGUCUCUUCAUCUGAGAAACAGGACCUAGAACUUCAAGAGAAAGCAGACCAGCUUAAUAGAACAUCCAAAACUGGACGAAAAGUAUUAGGAACGACUUUAGGUAGCACAGACGUCGAUCGCUCUAAAGCGAGCAAGCAGGCUUCGACCAAAACUCAUGAGCCAGGACGUAAAGUUGUUCAACAAGGAGCACAACCUAGACUGACUGGAGCUGGUGAGAGAAAACAAGAUGAUGGUAAACGAAAAAAAGGUGUGGAGGACAGGGAAAAGACAGGGAAACCGCUAUUGAGACAGGAGAGCUUUACAGUCGAAAGGCCAAGCACUAAUGUUCCUCUGGAGCUCAUACCCUGCAUUGAUGGGCCUGGCACCUCAACGCAACCAAGAGAAAUGAGUGUCAUCACUGAGGGAAUCGACGCUGCCACCAUGCUGAAAGACUCGGAGGCCGUUGCCUCGUUUUUAGAAACCACUUUAUCAGACCUUGCAGAUCCACUCAGCUACUCCCUGGAAGGCUCCGUCUCACCUGAAUCUGACAUUGAUACGACAAGCACUGUCAGCCAAGCUGGGGGAGAGGGAGGACGAAAGACAGCACAGAAGAAACGUUCAUCUGGAGGUCAAGGCCGUGACACGAACAAUAAGAACACCAGCUCAUCUGAAAAGAAAGGCAAAAUACAACCCUCCGGCUCCAAGGCUUGGACCUCUCUCGACCUCACAGAUGAUGACUUGAGCUCCUCUCUCCCGCAUGACACAGCAUCUACCACGCGACCUCACGGCCGUGGUCAAAACAUCAGCUCUAGAGCAGAACCCACAGGCAGCAAAACUAGAGGAGCGAAGACACCAGCAGCUCCUACACCGGCAACCUCUAAACCAACCACCCUUCCCCGGCCCAGACCCACAAGGGCUUCCCUCCUUCGCCGUGCACGACUGGGCGAAGCUUCUGACACCGAUCAUGCCGAUGCUGACCGUAUGUCUGUGGCAUCUGAGGCCUCUACGGCGAGUUCUGCAUCGAGACCUUCAGCUGGCCGCAGGACGCUAUCUCGGAUUGAAGCGCUUGCGCAACCACGAAGGCCGAGAGUGUGUUCUCCUUCAGCUCGGAGUGAUUCGGAGGCUACGUCAGGCAGGAUGAGGAGCUUCACCCCACGUCCAGCUCCUGAGAGCGGACUGCGCCUGGGCCUCCGAUCAACAGCAACCUCUUCUUCUGUGGUGGUCCCCAGAGCCAGGGCAAAUAGUGCUUCCAAUCUGCCUGAUAAGUGUGCUGGUGCUACCCAUGUUCAAAGUACACCAGCAGCGAGUGGAAGGUGGCGCCGUGUACCUAUUGAGUAUGCUUCUACCUCUGAAGAUGAGUAUGGCUCGAACCGUCACCCCAGUCAGAACACCCUACUACGUCCAUUGGCUCCACGGGUGACUCAGCUUGGCGGUUCGGCCCCUGCAACACCGAGCCCGGGAGGUUUCUCUAUGCUGCGACACCAGUCUAGCAGAGAACAGGAUGAUUACAUGAGAGACUGGACCGCUCACAGCGAAGAGAUCGCCAGAAUCAGCCAAGACCUGGCAAAGGAUCUGGCCAUGUUGGCGCGCGAGAUUCACGAUGUUGCCGGUGAGAUUGACUCCGUUAGUCCUUCCUCCGCUCCCGCAGCUUCAGUUGAUGACCGUGUGUUCGAGGACGUCCUUGGAAGUGCUCCAGAAAUCAGUGGCAGAGGUGUAGAAUUAAGACCUCGUGGGAUUAUCAGCAGUCAGGAUCCACGAUCCAUCCGCCGUCAAACCUGGAGCCGAGAUGAGGGUGUGCUGGACAGUUUGUUGCUGGCAUCGGUUUCCCAGCUCUCAUCAAAAAUCAGACAAGCUGUGGAAAAGACAGGCAACAAAAUAAGGAUUUUAUUCAAGGACAAAGACCGAAAGUGGGAAGAGAUUGAGAGCAAACUGCAGGCAGAGAAUGAGGUGCCUCUCCUCAAGACUUCCAACCAGGAGAUCUCCUCCAUACUUCAGAACCUGAAGAGAGUGGAGCGACACUUGCUAGUGAUUGAUGUUAUGGUAGACCCCGAUGGUACUUUGGAUGCUCUGAGCAGUCUGGGUUUGACCAGCCCUCUGCUGGCUGAGAACAGAAUUAGUCCUGGCUCACAGGAUCCAUCCGUCAGCCAGGCCGGGGAGGGAUCUGCUUAUUCAGAGGUCGCAGAACGAGAUCUCGGCCUGCAGGAGAGGAGCAAAGAGCAGCACACUGCCAAGCGAAACUAAAACACAGAGAUCCUGCGUCAUCGGGACUAUUAUGUGAAUAUUGUGAGGUAUGCCAUAAAACUUCCUAUAUGACACUGCAUUUAAGAGUUUGCUUCGUAAAUUAUAUAUAUAUACAGUAUAUAUAUAUCCAUGGAUGUAUUUUAAAUAAAGAAAUAUUUUGAAAUAUCAAUCAACUGUACUACCCUGUAGUCAGAAUAAUCGUACAAAAGAAAUUGUGAGUUGUGAUUGUCCGCAGCUGAAAUCGCCAGUACUGUACAUGUGCACAGGAAGAUGUUGAGCAUCGAUGACAGGAAGUGUGAUGUGAGUUCGUACUCUGUUUUGUCAAGUGUUGAGCCAAAAUUUUCAUGACAGGUUCUAGAAACAGGGUCCAAAAUAACACUUGCCAGACUGCCAGGUGCAUGUAAAGAUUGAUUUUACUUCCCAGUUGGCUGAUCCUAAUUGGUUAGACACUGAACACAUGGUUCAUAUCAAACCACAAACUAAAAAACGUUUCUAACAACUUUUGCCUUAGUGGAAAUUUAUAUAAUGUUUAUCUAGGAUGUGUAAAAAAUCCAGAAUUGUGUAAUUUUCCUUGAAUUAAACCAUCAAAGCUUAAAUACAGCCGUGGAAAAAAUGAAGAGACCAUUUUUAAAUUAUUUUCUGUUUUUCUGACUGUACUAUUUAUAGGUUUGCAUUUAGGUAAAAUGAUAAUUUUUGUUUCAUUCUUACAACAUUUCUAACACAUUUCAAAUACAAAUAUUGUUUCUAUUUGCAUUUAUUUGCAGAAAAUGAAAACUGAAGAAACGGGUCAAAAUAACAGAAAAGAUGCUCUGUAUUUUUUCAGACCUCAAAUACUGCAAACACAACGUAUUUUUACGAAAAGUUCAAAAAUGAUUUUUAAUGUGAUUACCUUGAUUUUUAUCACAGUUUUCAUUCACAGACUUGUCAUGCUGUCAGUCUUUCACAUUGCUGUUGGAUGACUUUGUCACUGAGGUUUGCUUUUGUUAAAAUUCAACAGACACUGGAUCGAAUGGCCACAACACAUCUAGAAAUGCUGAUCAAAUGAACAUUUGAAAUAGGUCUCGUAUUUUUUCCACGAAGAUUAGUUUUUGUUUAAGUUUCCUCUCAGUCAUUAAUUCAAGUGCAUGUAAGCAGCCCCCUGUGACAAUUCUUCCGGCAUCCUUCCUCAUCAUCUGUUCUAAUUGACCUCAAUUUCUCAUUUUAUCCAGUUUUGUAGUCUGGAGGCGUAAGCUCUGGGAUCAAGCUCCUCUAGCUAGGAUAGCAAUCCAAAUUUCCAUAACAUCUAUAUGUUCGUCAAGCCUGGCGAGGUUGUGAGUGACACAAUGACCUGUGAUGUUAGUCUUUAAAGAGACUUCAUCCCAUUUGGUGGCUAUAUUUGCAACACAGCUAUUUAUAGUUAUACAAGAACAAGUCCUAACUACUUGAAGACGGAGGACAGAUAUCUCUAAAUUUGCUGGCUCACAAUAAAACAAUGUAGUCACUGUCCUUUCGAAACCUCAGAUGUCCAAAUUCGCUGUUUUUUAGGAAAUGGAAAAAGCACUGCACUUUUUAAAUGAAACCCAUGACAAACAUAAAGGAUGACUAAUAAUGAUGAUUUAAAAAUAAAAAAUAAAUAAAAUCUGAAAAAAAUAAUAUCUGAAAAUAUGGAGAUAAAAGGUUUCAGAAGGACAGAAGUGAUAUUUACCACAAACAAUUAAAGGGACAGUUCACUCAAAAAUGAAAAUUCUGUCACCAUUUACUCACCCUCAAGUUGUUCUAAAACUGUAUAAAACUGUUUGUUCUGUUGAACACAAAAGGUGUUUUGAAGAAUGGGGGAAACUAAACAGUACGGGGGCACCAUUGACUACCAUAGAAGUUUUUUUCCUACUAUGGAAGUCAAUAGUGCCCCAGAACUGUUUGGAUACAAACAUUCUUCUAAAUAUUUAUUUUUGUGUUCAGCAGAACAAAAUUUAGACCGUUUUGGAACAACUAGGGGGUGAGUAAAUGAUGACAGAAUUUUCAUUUUUGAAAAAAAAUUUCCUUUAAAUGUGAUAUCGACUGUACCAUAAAUUGUGCAAAAAAUGUUGUUAAAACGGAAUAAAAAAAUGUUUGCAUAAUACUGUACGUGUCUGUGUUCUGUGCAUAUUCAUUUUGUAUUUAUAAACACAUACACAUAAAUGUACUGUAUAUAUGUUAUUUAUUUAUUUAUAUUAUGUAUUUAUUUAUAUUUACCAAUAAUUUGAAAUGAUAUAUAAACGUUUAUUAAUUUUUAUUCUUACAUAUGCAUUUAUGUGUAUGUUCUUAUAAAUACAAAAUUAAUAUGCACAGUACACAUAAAUUUAUGUGACUCUUAUUCUGGAAGCAAUUAGUCUUUGGUGUUAUUAAAGAGGCCGCUUUGUUCUCAUAGUAAUACCACUGUGGUUUGUUAUAUCUAUAAUUAUUUAAACAAAAUAACCUCAUUGUCAUAGAAACAAAAAUACAUCUUAAUAAAGAUUUUGUCAAAUUUUCAUGGCCAGUAUAACAUUUUUAUUGUAUAUAUUACAGGUGUGGCAUAAUGUUCAUUUUGGACUCUGUUUACAUGUCAAUAAACCAGUUUUAACAUUUCACAUACAACGGCGACUGUUUUAUGCAAGCCAAUUUCUGACCAAUUUUAUUUACACUUAAAUACAGAACUAUGUGUAUAACCAAACCUUUAGAUAUUGAGGUUGACAAACCAGAAGUGAAUAUCUAAAAAGAUGUGAUCGCAGAUGUUUUGCUGCAGUAAAUUUGUGAUUUAUGAGAACGUCAAGACAAGGCUAAACUGUGUAAGUCCACCCUUCAUGUCAGUUAUUUUUAUGUCUCCUGUUUUGCAUUCAAAACUUGAAACAGCCUUGCAUAACCUGAUACUUUGAUGUUUCCACAAAUCUGUAAUUCCCUAAACUUUGUAAUAUUUUACUAAUGCCCUUCCAUGUAAUGUUUCUGUAUGAUUAUAAUCAAUUAGGAACAUACAAAUGCUCUUUGUCAUGUGAUAGCCAAUAAGAGGGUGUGGAUUUCCAAAAAUGUCCCAUUUAUAAGGCUUGUUACAUUACAAAGUGCCCAUUACCCAGAUCAUUAUCGAAUAAUGUAGAUGUCGAAAACAAUCUCAUUUUGCACAUUCAGAUGUUUCAGAUCUGUGCUGGCAAUUGAUUGGGAUUGUUUGAAAAGGCUCAUUUUGUGGAAAGCGUUGCUGCGGGGCAUCAAGUUAGGGUAAAUAUUCUCUCCUGUUAGACUCCGUCUGCCUCCUACCAGUGGUGUUUACACAUGAAUGUAAAACUAAUACAGAUUUAAUAAAGAACAUUCAUAUCCCCGGACGCAUAUAUGUCAUCAUUGAUUUUCCCAGAUUUAUUAUUUAUUUUAAUAUACAUGCAUAAUUUAGCACAUACUUUUAAGCCUGCAUGGCACACCUCAAUGGUUUACAAAUUAGCUAAACCAUUGCAAUACAAUCUAAUAUUCGGUCAUCUUGUUUAGACAAGUUAACAACUGAAUAACUUGCUUGCCUCGAGCCCUCAACUUCCUAGCCUUCACCCUCGAAAGCACGCACACAUAAACCCGCACGUACGCUUCGCGCUCGCAAGACUGAUUUGCUCCUCCUGCACUAUGAAGACUAUAAAAAUAAAUUAAAUUUUCAAUCCCAAGAGGCUUUAGUUCCGGUAAUCUAGUCCUGAAAUAUGGCAGUCCUUAAUCCUCUCCAUUGUUCUAUACUAGCUCUGCUUUAACAGGAAGGCAUUGGGGCGAAAUGAAUUUGCGUUAACUGAUCUGACAGCUCUUUAUAACAAAUUUAACACAAAACUUUUGUUUUUAAUGAUGAUAUAGAAAUAUCCCAAAUAUGUGCACAGUGCCAGUUAAAUAAAAGUUCUCCGCGGUGUUUGAUAAGAAGCAUCAGUAGGCUUCCCGGAGGAUUUGGGUGGCACCGGACAGCACAUUUACAUAUUCUGUUCAUUUGGUCGAUGGGCAGUCAGUGCUAAGGGUCCGGUCGUGUUAAGGAAGACGAGAGAGAGAAUGCUAUAAAAUGCUGAGUCAGUGGUUUCAUUAUGCUAACAGUCCGAGCGAGUGCAUUAGUAUUCAUCGUGCAGAGCGUGUGUGUAGGGAAGAGCACAGUCUGAAGAAAUUAGUAAAACAGACAAGUAUGUAGCUGAGACGGGGAAUAUAAAAUAGACUUCAGUAUGAACUUUGGUUAUCUUUAAAUUCAGCAUGACUCUGUUUGCAUUGUUAAAACAUGUACCUGAACUUUGGUGUAAAAUUCAUCAGUCCUGAUACCAAAUCAAAUGUAAUCUCCUAGUUCACCACUUUGAAUUUACCAUGUUUUUAUUGUAUUGUGUUAUGAUCACCACAUAAAUGCA